GUAAGGUUCUGCAUUCUACAAUUACAGUGUAGUUCACGCGGGAUUGUGUUGUGUAUAAACAGGGUUGCCAGAUGAAGCUACAGGUUGAAUCAGCGCAGAAAGAUGUCAGGUCAGACCUAUCUGAGCGGCGCGGCAAAGAGACGAAAAGCUGCGGAAGAAAAGUUGCCCAAGCUGACCCAAUAUUUGUCGUCAAGAACAGCUCAGUCACCACCACCCGUUGCUGAAAAAGAUGACACUCCAUCAACCUCGGCAGAUACUGCUGUUCCGGAAAUUCGGCCCCCCAGCUGUGAAGAGUCGCAACAACCUCCAACUGAAGGACUGCUGGAAACUCAUCAGACACCAAAACACGUUUCUAACGACCCAGCGAACUGGUUGCAGUUCACCGAGGAAGAUCGCGCUAUAUGGAUCAGUAAGGGCCCGGAAUUUUUCCAGAACAGAAAUGGCGAUUUCUUCGAUUCUGCCAGAAGUUAUACGGAACACGAUGGAAAAGUGAAACUUCGAUGCCUGAACCCAUCGGUGUUUUCUCGGAAACUACAAAACGGCGAAACAGUUGACAGAUCCUGGCUUGUGUACUCUCCAUCACAAAAAGUUUUGUUCUGCUUUCCGUGUCGAUUCUUCUCACCCGCGUGUACCGCAUUCAGUUCUUCCAGAGGCUUCAACGAUUGGAAACAUUCCGGGGCGUGCAUUUUGGAACACGAGAACAGUCCAGGACACAGGCAAGUCAUCUUGACUUACGUGGCACGGAAGAAGAGCGUUGGUCUUGUUGAUGAAGGUUUGGCUACUCAACUGAACAACGAAAUGACUUACUGGAGAGAGGUGUUGGGAAGUAUCGUGGAGGUCGUAAAAUUCUUAGCAUCCAGAGGUCUGUCGUUCCGCGGGGACAACGAAGUCAUCGGAUCGCAACAUAACGGAAAUUACUUGGGUGUGCUGGAACUGCUAAGCAAGUUUGAUCCAUUUCUUGCCGACCAUUUGCACAAUCAUGCGAAUAAAGGUACAGGACAUGUUUCCUAUUUGUUAGCACCCAUUUGCGAUGAGUUCAUAGCUAAAAUGGGACAUCAAGUACUGAGCCAAAUCAUUUCGGAAGUGAAGAAAACGAAGUACUACUCGAUAAGCGUCGACUCUACCCCUGACAUCAGCCACGUCGAUCAGCUCACUUUCGUGGUGCGGUACAUGAAGAACUGCUCCCCAAUAGAACGAUUCUUGGAUUUCAUUCCGAUUGAACGGCAUGGAGCAGAGUACCUGUCCGAUACCGUUGUAUCUUUUCUUGAAGAAAAUGGUAUAGAUUUACAGGACUGUCGUGGGCAGACGUACGACAACGCUCCAAACAUGGCAGGGCAGUAUAAUGGAUUACAAAACAGUGUUGAGCAGUGUUGAGCAAAUUUGAGCAGUGUUGAGCAAAGCUCAA